CUAAAAGUUGGCCAGGAGAGGUCUGAAGGCCGAGCCUCAAAGGCUCUGAGGACCUGCGGGGCAGGAUCUGAGGGAGGGGGCGCGGCGAAGUCAACCGUUGAAGGGCCAGCCUGAGCAAGUUCGACGAGUGUAGCCAAGAGGAAAGGUCAGAGGGUCUGGGUAGCUGGCCGGAGAGGUAGGCUCUGGAAUAUUCAGGUGAAUGCCCGCGCCGAGGGGGAAAGGUCUGCGCCCGCAGGAAGGAUGGCAGCGAGCGGGACCCGGAGCGUACCGCGCAGGCGCAACCCCCGAGUGGGCGCCUCGGGCCUCGGCCCCCGAGCGGCGGGCAAGGCGGCAGCCGUCCGCCUCCAAGCGGAUCGCAGCAGCAUGAUCCCGGUGGCAGAGCCCCGGGCCGAAGCGGCUUCAGUCCUCAGCUGCGGGCUCCCGGAAGUACUGCUCCGCACCCCGGAAGCGAUUCCUCUGGCCGCCAGCGCGCUCCGCCUUGCGUUCCUUGUGAGACGUAGAGCUGAGCGACCGAGGCCGCGAGCGAGAUGCCGGUGGCCGUGGGUCCCUACGGACAAUCCCAGCCAAGCUGCUUCGACCGUGUGAAGAUGGGCUUUGUGAUGGGUUGCGCCGUGGGCAUGGCGGCCGGGGCGCUCUUCGGCACCUUUUCCUGUCUCAGGAUCGGAAUGCGGGGUCGGGAGCUGAUGGGCGGCAUCGGGAAAACCAUGAUGCAGAGUGGCGGCACCUUUGGCACAUUCAUGGCCAUCGGGAUGGGCAUCCGAUGCUAAUCAGGGCAAUGGUUGCCCACUACAUCCUCCUCCCAUCAGUCUCAGCCCAUGUACUAUAAUAAAACAAAAGUCUUUUGAGUAUUCUGGA